AUGUCUCUUCACGAGAGGGUCAAGGGAUUAAUGCGCCACGUCCCCCAUCCCGUUGCCGUUAUUACCUCGACCGACAUAUCUAUCAGCACCAAUGGUGAUCCUUCUGCAUGGCGAGGAGCAACCGUAUCUUCCUUCAACACUGUAACAUUAGAUCCGACGCCGAUUGUUUCUUUCAAUAUCAAGCAGCUGUCGUCAACAUAUGAGGCCAUCAAAACUUCGGGCCUUUUCAACGUGCAUCUGUUUCUCUGCGAUCAGAUGGGACAAAAAAUCGCUGAGAAAUUUGCGCGCGGCAACGCCUCUUCGCCUUUUCACCGGAGAGAUGGAACACUGGCUUCGUUCGCGCGGUGGCGCUCUGAUACAGUGCCAGCAUUCCGACCCAACUCACCUCCUAUCAUUCAAUAUUUCCCAAAAUUUCAGAUCAGGUGCCGGUACCUGCCCGAAAAGGCAGUGGAAAUUGGAGACCAUAUGGUGGUUUUUGGCGAAGUCGAGCAUGUUUACGAUAGAUUGGAUGGCGUGGGUGACACGGAUGUCUGUUUGUAUUAUGUGAACGGCCGCUAUGCUCAAGGUCCCUUGGGAUUCACCCAUCGACAUUGA